GUGGCCCGAUGAUGAACAAGGCGGCUCUUGAAGGAUCGCCGAUUCGCUAAAAUGUGGACGAAGUGGGCGUGGCAGAAAGCAAGAAAGACUGGACGACUGAAAACCGUAUUCAAAACAAAUUUUCACGUGUGUGUCUUGUUCUUGACGUGUUUCGUGUCAGAAGUAGAUAAUGGCGUCGUCAAAGUCGACUGUCCGCGCGGACAGCGAGGUGCACAUCACUUUCGAGGAGCAGCAGAAAAUCAACAAAUUCGCACGGCUCAAUGCACGCCUCGAUGAACUGAAGGAAGAACUUUCGUCCACGAAAAACGAUAAGAAGAAUCUGGAGGAGGCAGUCGAGGCGGUAGACGAGGUUGAGCUCCUCGGUGAAGUUGAGGAGAUUGCUUACUCCAUGGGUGAUAUUUUCCUGCUGCAAAGUCCGGAGAGCACAAAGGACAUGCUUGCUGAGGCCAAGGAAAAGUUGGAGAACGACAUCGAGAAAAUCAAAGCUGGCAUGGAAAGCACAAAAGAACUAAUGAGUGAUUUGCGCACCCAGUUGUACGCCAAGUUUGGUGACAAUAUUAAUUUGGAGGCCGAUGACGACUAAUUCAUCAAUUUUUCUAAUUUAAAAAUUUUGUUUCAACUUAAUUCUCUUAAAAAAUGUUCUAAUUUCAAUGUUUAUCAAACUAUACUAAGUAUGUAAUUUGUUCAAUUAAAUUUAAUUCACCAUUUA